AUUGAGGUUAGGGGGCCACGCGCAUGUCCGGUGACAUUGCCAAGGUCCAUGAUUAAAAAAACACUGAUUGCAAAUCUGUGAUUAAUUAUACGCAAUUGCGAAUCAUACGACACGUUUUGGGGCUGUUCCAAGUGGGUAAGACAAUGUCUAAGCUUCCGAAACGGGUAAAGGAUAAGAGACACAUAGGGGAGCACCAGAAGUACAUUUCGCGGAUCACCAAGACCCUCUAUUACGGUAAAUUCCCCAAGACAGAUGAGCUGAGUCUGCCUGUAACAGAAUUAGCCGCAGAGCUGUUCUCCGAAGCCCAGAAAGGCCGGUCCUUGGACAGGCUGCAUUGUGACGAUGCUGCGAAUAUUUCAAGAAAUGCCUGUGUGUCCCCUUGCUCUUUGGUUAUUGCGAUUUUGUAUCUAGAACGCUUGAAAAAGACAUGCCCUGAGUAUCUCGAACGCACGGCUUCGUCUGACUUGUUUUUGGUUUCUUUGAUGGUUUCAUGCAAAUUUCUCUAUGAUGACGGUGAGGCAGAUGAGGUUUUUAUGAACGAAUGGGCCCUUUCAGGGGGCAUGAGCGUCAAACAGUUGGUUCAGCUAGAAAAGGAGUUCCUCAAAGCUAUUGACUGGGAAGUCUUCGUUACUGAGCUGACAUUUUGGAAGAAACUGUCCGAAAUCGAAACGACCUUGGCCCGCAACCAGGGUGGAAAACGCGGCUUUUACACCUACACCGAACUAGAGCGUCUUUUAACAAGCGUCGAAUUGCGAAACCUCAUCCAAAACAUUUUGACCAUUUCUGUGAUCCUCAUUACGGCUUACACGGCCGCCUUAUUGACUUUAUUGGGCUCUGUCUUGAUUGUUAGCCACAUUCCGGGGGCUUGUCUUCGCCCGCAAAUCGAAGCGCCGCCCUCGGAGCCCCUCUACAACGAAACGAACCGUGUGAGCCCCCUCCAUGUCGGAAUUUUCCUCGCAAGUAUUGAGAGUUUUCUGACACCGUUUUGCAACAAAAGUGAGACUCAAAACGUAUCCUGGGACUGGUGGAGUGCCCCCACGAUGACAUGGCUCUACGAAACGUCGAAAUUUGUCGAAGUUGAGGCUCCGACUUUGGGUUUUUUGGACUUGAGACGAUUCUAUAAGGAUUAUUUUUUGAAAUUGGAUUUGGAGGAUCAAGUGCAUAAGGAGACGAAAGUUAGGAUUCAAGACCAGUUGGAGAGGUCGUGGCACGAAGAAUGGACGGAUACGAUAGGUGAUGGGUUUUAUAACAGGUACCUGCAUUACCUACAAAAUCUCAAAGCCUGAUUUGAUUGGUCAAUAAAACCAAACAUUUGA